UGAUGGCACAGAUGCUCUUAUUGUUCACAUAAUGUUUUCCCUACCAUUUAUUUCAGAGACAUGUAGGGAUGUUUUAUGCCCAGGCAGUUCCACAUGCGUGGUUGAUCAAAAUAAUAAUGCCAACUGUGUGACAUGCAAUCGGAUUUGCCCUGAGCCAACUCUACCUGAACAGUAUCUCUGCGGAAAUGAUGGAAUAACAUACGCAAGUGCCUGCCAUCUAAGAAAAGCUACUUGCCUGCUUGGAAGAUCCAUUGGCCUAGCCUAUGAAGGAAAAUGUGUCAAAGCCAAAUCUUGUGAAGACAUUCAGUGCAGCACUGGGAAGAAAUGCUUGUGGGAUUCCAGAGUGGGCAGAGGACGGUGUGCCCUUUGUGAUGAGCUAUGUCCAGAAAGCAAAUCAGACGAAGCUGUCUGUGCCAGUGAUAACACCACUUAUCCAAGUGAGUGUGCCAUGAAGGAAGCAGCCUGUUCCCUGGGUGUGCUAUUGGAAGUAAAACACCCAGGAUCUUGCAACUCCAUCAAUGAAGAGCCCGAGGAAGAGGAUGAAGAGGAUGACCAGGACUACAGCUUUCCUAUAUCUUCCAUUCUAGAGUGGUAAAAUUUCCAUCACUUUUGAAACAGCCAUUGGGCAAGAAUUACAAUGUCCAUACUGUACAUAAGUGUAUGCUUAUUUAUUUGGGGAAGAAAGAAGUAUACAUAUAGUUGAAUCUUGUAGACAUUUAUUUAUACUGUGUCAUGUUUUAUAAUUUAUACAUUAAAGAAGUCUGAUUGACUGUACACCUUUUUUUUUUGAAGAAGAAAUGUAAUCGUUAUGGGAUGAGCUGUGUUAUUUAUUGUGAGGUCUCUUGCUUGUAAAGUAAAGCUUUUUUUCUUGUAAACUAUAAAUCCAUUCCUUAGAGCCUAACCCUCCUCCCCAAUUACAAUUUUCAGCUCCUUAUUUCUGCCAAUGUUAACUCUUUUCCAUUUUAACAAAACUUUGCAUGACAGUUUCAGUUACAUUUUCUAUUUAUUGUGUUUCCUUCUUGCCAAUUCUGUAUAUAAAUACAUGAUCCCUCGGAUAUUUGUUUACAAGGAAUCUUGACUGACCAAAAGGCGCUGUAAACUGAGUUAAGUAUAUAUUUGAGGUGGAAAGAGGGAGAGCUGUAACAGAACCUCUUUCCCUGGCUAUGUUCUCUGAUUGUAUCAUGUAGUAAAGGGAUCUCAAAAUCCUGAACAUUUAUAUUGUACUAUGAGAAUUCAAACCCAAAGAUCGGAUUAUGAAGGGUUUUUUUAGUUGCUAUGUGGCUAAAUGUAAAGAAAGCAUUAUUUUCUUUUUUUAAGAAAAAGAAGAAACAUGAAAUUACAUUGUCAUGAACAUCAAUGUUUUAUUAGGUCUGUCCUCACAGAUGGUCCGUUCCAUUUUUUAAACAUUCUUUUUGUUUCACAUUCAAAAUGUUAACAGAAUAUUAUAUCAAAGCUUUAUCAGUUCAAGUUUCUUGCUUUUCAUAAUACUUUCUUUUUCU